UUGGAGGUAAGGGUUGAGUCUGCGAGGGUCCGAGACCCGGGAAUACGUCUCGGCAGUGGGGGCCGGCGGAGGCCAGAGCUCUGAGCUAGGGUCUUCCUCCAGGAUUUAGAACUCUGGACCACUUGGCUCCGGCUGAAGCCGUCCAUCCUUGCAGGAAGUCCGGGGCGCCUUCUAAGAAGGGCGCAGCUGGUUUCCGGGCCAAGGCGCUCUUUGGUAUGGCGAUGGCGGCAUUCCCGGGCUCUCAGGAACGGGAAGGUCUCCUUAUAGUGAAACUCGAGGAGGACUGCGCCUGGGCCCAGGAGCUACCUACCCCUGACCCUGGGCCCAGCCCCGAGGCCUCCCAUCUGCGCUUCAGAAGGUUCCGCUUCCAAGAGGCCGCUGGUCCCCGGGAGGCCCUCUGCCGCCUCCAGGAGCUUUGCCAUGGGUGGCUACGGCCCGAGAUGCGCACCAAAGAGCAGAUCCUGGAGCUGCUGGUGCUGGAGCAGUUUUUGACGAUCCUGCCCCAAGAGAUCCAGAGCAGGGUGCAGGAACUACAUCCGGAGAGCGGUGAAGAAGCAGUGACCCUUGUGGAGGAUAUGCAGAGAGAGCUUGGGAGACUGAGACAACAGGUCACAAACCAAGGGCGGGGAACAGAAGUGCUUUUGGAGGAGCCUUUGCCUCUGGAAACAGCAGGAGAGUCACCGAGCUUCAAGCUGGAGCCUGUGGAGACUGAGCGAAGCCCUGGCCCCAGGCUGCAGGAGCUGCUAGGCCCCAGCCCCCAAAGGGACCCCCAGGCUGUAAAGGACAGGGCGUUAUCUGCUCCCUGGCUUUCUCUCUUUCCUCCUGAAGGGAAUAUGGAAGACAAGGAAAUGACUGGGUCCCAGUUGCCUGAGAGCUUAGAGGACAUGGCAAUGUACAUCUCCCACGAGGAGUGGGGGCAUCAGGAUCCUAGUAAGAGAACCCUCUCCAGGGACACAGUACAAGAGAGUUAUGAGACUGUGGACUCACUGGGGCCUCACAUUCCUAGUCAGGAGGCCUUAAGCACCCAGGUGGAACAAGGAGAAAAACCAUGGGAUCCCAAUAUCCAGAGUUGUAAGGAGGACAGGAGCCCCAGGAGCCCAGCUCCAGGGGAGGAGAAAUUUGACAACCAAGAAGGAAAUAUUCAGUCUAUUUCCCCUGAGAACACUCACUCCCAGGUGCUGCUCCCUGGCCACGACAGAGGGGAGGUGCCCUGGAGUCCUGAACAGGGCCGGCCUCGUGACAGGGCAGAAGGGCAUUGGGAACCUCCUCCCGAAGAUCAAAUGGAGCAGUCCUUAGCAGGAGCCACAAGUUGCAGAGAACUGGGGCCACCAAAGGAACUGCAGCCAAAAAAACUUCAUUUAUGUCCCCUGUGUGGCAAGAACUUCUCUAACAACUCAAACCUAAUUAGACAUCAGAGAAUACAUGCAGCAGAAAGACUGUGUAUGGAUGUGGAGUGCAGUGAAAUCUUUAGUGGACACCCACAUUUUCUUUCACUGCAUAGAGCACAUCUGGGUGAGGAGGCCCAUAAGUGCCUAGAAUGUGGGAAAUGCUUCAGUCAGAAUACCCAUCUGACUCGCCAUCAGCGCACCCACACAGGUGAGAAGCCCUAUCAAUGCAAUGUAUGUGGAAAAAGCUUCUCUUGCAACUCCAACCUCCAUAGGCACCAGAGGACACACACUGGGGAGAAACCCUACAAGUGCUCUGAGUGUGGGGAGAUCUUUUCUCAUAGCUCCAACCUUCUUCGACACCAGAGGAUCCACACAGGAGAGAGGCCCUAUAAGUGUGCUGAGUGUGGGAAAAGUUUCUCUCGGAGUUCUCACCUUGUCAUUCAUGAAAGAACCCAUGAGAGAGAGAGACUUGACCCCUUCUCGGAGAAUGGGGUGGCCAUAAAUAAUGGUACCCCCUUUCUUACAAACCAAGGAACUCGCAGAGCAGAGAAGAAACUCUUUGAAUGUUCAACUUGUGGGAAAAGCUUCCGGCAGGGUAUGCACCUCACCAGACAUCAGAGAACGCACACAGGAGAGAAACCAUACAAAUGUACCCUUUGUGGAGAAAACUUCUCUCAUAGAUCCAACUUAAUUAGGCAUCAGAGAAUUCACACAGGAGAAAAACCCUAUACCUGUCAUGAAUGUGGAGAUAGUUUCUCUCACAGCUCUAAUCGGAUUCGUCACCUAAGAACCCAUACUGGAGAGAGACCUUAUAAGUGUUCUGAAUGUGGAGAAAGCUUCUCUCGGAGUUCGCGCCUUAUGAGUCAUCAGAGAACUCACACGGGUUAGAAAUAAUGGGAUUUCUUUUUGUCCUAGGUUAGGUGGCAUUUAAAGGUUGUCAAGAGCUGGCUUGCAUUCUUUGACCGAAUGACCACUUUGUUUUCCAAGAGGAAAUGAGGGCUCAUCUUGAGGGUAAUGCAGAGACAGCAAAUGAUUGUUGUAAAACUAAAGAGAAGUUGUUUGCAGUUGUAAGGUUUGAGGAAACCAGCUCAGGGACACUUGUAUUUAGUCCAUUCCGUCCCACUUUCUUGAUAUGUGUACCCCAUAUGUAGUUUGGGUGCCUUACUAUAUAAUGUUCCAACAAUUUUGGGAAUUCAUGUGAUCUUUUACUUUCUUCACUUGGGACUGGAGCAUUGAGGUUCCUAAGGCCCUCGAGACCAAAGAAGGGCCAGAUUUCCUGAGAAACCAGCCUAGAGGUCAACAAGUUAUAAGUUACAGCCCUCUGGCUGGGAAUCCGUGAACAUCCAGGUCAGUCACAAUAAUACAUGUCAGUGGCCUGGCAAGAGUGCCCAUUGGCAAGCCACAUGAUAUGUGACCUCAGACAAAAAGGAAAUGGAGACCUAAGGGAAACUUAAUGAAAAACUUGUGGGUGAGUCUAGAAAUUGGCAGUUGAAAUGAGUGUGUAAUCAUUCUAUCCUUUGGACAGAUUGAGGCUUUCUUCCAUAUCCAAAAAUGAUGCACAGAGCUCUGAACUCUUGUUCCCAGGUGGAACAAGAUGGAUCUCUAGGAAGGAUUGAUCCCUAGGAAGCACUGAAAAUGUGGAUCCUAGGGAAAUGAGGGAUUAUGCCUGUCCCUGUUCACAAUGUUUGGAUGGUAAUAAAUGUCUUCAGGAAACAAAGUAUGUGAAUCUUUG